AUGGCAGUGGUAGAUGCAAAUUUAAAUUUCAUUUUUAUCGAUGUCGGAGCGCACGGGCGAGAAGCUGAUUCCAACGUUUUUCGACAAAGUGUAUUUGGGAAAAAGUUGUAUACAAACCAACUACAAAUUCCUGAUGCGGUAUCGUUGCCUUUGACGGAAAAUAAUUCACAACCAUUUGUAUUUGUUGCCGAUAAGGCAUUUGGUCUACAUACCAACUUAUUACGACCAUAUCCAGGACGUGGGCUGAAUAAUACUCGUAGAAUAUUUAAUUAUAGGCUAUCGAGAGCAAGACUCACUGUCGAGUGUGCUUUUGGUAUAUUAGCUAAUAAGUGGAAUGUAUUACAUACAACUAUUCUAGUUGAACCCGAUUUUUGUGAUCACAUCAUAAAAGCAUAUUGUGUUUUGCAUAACUUUGUUAGAAAGAGAGACGGGUGUAACUAUUACGAAAAUAUUGCAGAUACGGCUUAUAUAAAUUACCUAGAAGAUUUUCAAGGACAUGGUAGACGUCAUAUAAAUCAAAAUGGAAUGGAAAUUAGAGAUAAUUUUGCAAAUUAUUUUAUUAAUCAAGGGGCUGUUUCAUUUCUAUAUAGAACAACACUUUAG